AUGGCCCCUCCAAAGGUCUUUUCUCUCGAAGGCAAGGGCCUCAAGCUCGACACCGCAGAGCAUAUCGAGGCCCAGAUUCAGCCUCUUCUUGAGAGCACCGAUUUCACUGAAAUUCGCCUCGGUGGUAAUACUUUGGGUGUGCCAGCCUGCGAGCGCCUCGCCCCCGUUCUUUCUGCGCAGAAGAACCUCGAAGUCGCUGAACUCGCUGAUAUUUUCACCUCCCGUCUGCUGUCCGAGAUUCCCCAGGCCCUGACCUCCCUUUUGAACGCUCUCCUUGAGGUCCCGACCCUCCACACCAUCAACCUUUCCGACAAUGCCUUUGGCCUCAACCUCGCCGCGCCUUUGGUCGACUUCCUCGGUCGCCACAUCUCACUGCGCCAUCUGAUUUUGAACAACAACGGACUGGGUCCUGCCGCCGGUACCCUCGUUGCCGAUGCACUUACAAAGUUGGCGGAGCGCAAGGAAGAAGCUCGCAAGGAUGGCAAGGAGGUCCCGCUCCUCGAGAGCAUCGUCUGUGGACGCAACCGUCUGGAGAACGGUAGUAUGGAAGCCUGGGCACGUGCCUAUAAGGCGCACUCUAAGGGCAUUCGAUCCGUCAAGAUGACGCAGAACGGAAUCCGACAGGAGGGUAUUUCGCACUUGUUGAAGGCAGGUCUGAGUCACGCCAGCGCUCUUGAGGUGCUCGACCUGCAAGACAACACCUUCACCAUCAUGGGAUCGACCGCCCUCGCGGGAGUCCUGGCGGGCUGGCCUGCCCUGCUCGAACUCGGUGUUGGCGACUGCCUGCUGUCGCCGCGUGGUGGUGUUAAGGUCGCAAAGGCCCUGGCUGAAGCCAAGAACCCCAAGUUGCAGACCCUACGUCUUCAGUACAACGACAUUACCGCCGAGGGUGUGAAGGGAUUCCUACACGCGACAAAGACAGCACUGCAGUCCCUCCGCCGCAUUGAGCUGAAUGGAAACAAGUUCAUGGAGGAUGAUUCCAACGUGACCGAAUUGCAGGAAGUCUUGGAAGCGCGCAAAGAGGAGCACGGUACUGAUGACGACCCAGAGGACAUGUGGGGAGUCGACGAGCUCGACGAGCUCGAGGAGGAGAGCGAAGAGGAAGAAGAGGUCGAGUCCGAGGCCGAGUCCGAGGAAGAUGAGCACAAGGCGGACAAGCUUCUCAAGGAUACUAUCAAGGCAGAGGACGAGAAGGUCGCCCAGAAGGAAGACAGCGAUGUCGACAAGCUGACCGCCUCUUUGGAGAAGACGGGCCUGUAG